AUGGUGAAUUCUUCAAACUUCUCUGCGGAAGAAAUUCAACGUUUAUACAAACGUUUUAUGAAAUUGGACAAAGAUAACUCUGGUUCAAUCGACAAAGAGGAAUUUUUAUCGAUUCCCCAAAUAGCCAACAAUCCGUUGGCAUCGCGGAUGAUUGCCAUUUUCGAUGAAGACGGAGGCGGGGAUGUCGAUUUUCACGAAUUUAUCAAGGGUUUGAGCGCUUUCAGUGCCCGUGGUAACAAAAGGGAAAAACUCGGUUUUGCUUUUAAGGUAUAUGAUAUGGAUAGGGAUGGAUAUAUUUCAAAUGGUGAGCUUUUCUUAGUGCUAAAGAUGAUGGUUGGGAACAAUUUGAAGGAUAACCAAUUACAACAAAUCGUCGAUAAAACAAUCAUGGAAGCCGAUAAAGACGGAGAUGGUCGUAUCAGUUUCGACGAAUUCUUAGUUAUGGUUGAAAAUACUGAUGUAGCGAAGCAAAUGACUUUGGAGACAUUCUAA